AUGACUGAUGCAGAAUUAGAGAUCCUGAUGUCGAAUUCUUGGUCGUGCAAUAAAUGUGAGGCUAAGUUACGCAGUCAACGAAAUGAUAACACAGUUGCAACGCCGGUGAAAUCAUCGCCAGGUAACGCUAGUACUCUGUCCGACGUAUCAGCGGAUUGCUUCAGGACAACUAUGUCCGACCUUGAAAAAAAAUUUGGUGAGGGUCAGGCAAGAUUAGAACUUUCGCUUGAAACUUGUUUGAAUAAGAUCAGUGCAAAUUCUGACACAUUAAUUAGGCUGGAGGGUAUAAUAAAGGCCCAGCAGGAUAUAAUAUUGCACUUAAAAACUGAAAACACUAAACUAAAAACAAGUGUAGAGGUGCUUAACGAUAGGGUGGAUUCACUCGAACAGUAUGGCCGUAGAAACAUGCUCGAGAUACACGGGGUUCCUACUGUGCAUGGGGAAAAUACUAGAGACGUUGUGCUAGCCACGUGUAAAGCAGUCGGAGUUGACCUGGGUCCGGAGGCGAUAGACAGCUGCCACCGCCUGCCCAAGGGGGCAAACCAACACUCCCCCGGGAUCAUCGUCAAAUUCGUACGACGAGAUGACGCGCACAAGGUACUAGAUAAGAAGAAACACGUGAGGAGACUUUCCACUCGCGACGUCGGAUUUCAAGCGGAGGAUCGCCCAGUGUUCAUCAAUUUGUCACUUACUCUGCCGCCGGCUGUGGCAUGGCCAAGCACAGUAAUCCAAACACAACCUAACCCUGCUGUAUACUUGGGUGACUUCAACAGCCAUCAUGAACAGUGGAAAUACAGACACUGUGAUGCAAAUGGGGAAGCUGUAGUGAGAUGGGCCGAGGAUGAAAACUUAAACCUUGUUUAUGACGCCAAGGACAGAUUCACAUUCAGCUCGGCUGCUUGGAGACAGGGAUACAACCCAGAUUUAUGUUUUGCAUCAACUGAUGAGAGAGGCAAACCUCUACCAGUCAGCCGCAGAGUUCUUUGUGACUUCCCCCACAGUCAACACAGGCCAGUUAUAAUAAGGUUGGGCAUCCAAAUCCCAUUAGUAACCUCCAUACCUCGUCCUCGGUGGAACUUCAGAAAAGCUAAUUGGGAACUCUUCUCAAAUGAGUUGGACAAAUGCCUGGGAUGGAUCCCACCUACCAGCAAAAACUGUAGCAGGUUUAUUGGAGCAGUGAUUAGCACUGCUAAGAAAUGCAUUCCCAGGGGGUAUCGCAGGGAAUAUGUUCCAGGCUGGUCUCAAGAUAGUGAGGAACUCUACCAUUGCUUUAAUGAGACUGGUGAUCAGGAGGUGGCAGACCAACUUCUCCAAAGCCUUGACUCUGCAAGAAAACAAAAAUGGAUGGAAACAGUAGAAAGUCUCAACUUCCAGACCUCAAGCCGCCAAGCCUGGACUUUGCUGAGGAAAUUGGGCAGUGCAGCACCUGCCCAGAGACCAAAGACAGGUGUCAGUCCAAAUGAUGUAGCAUCUCAUAUAACAGCCACAUCCAGAGUACCAAAAGAUAAGGAACAUUCAAUUAAGAUUAAGCAUGAACUGAAAAAGCUGAAAAAUGAAGCAAUGGCAACAGAAUAUGGUCAGCCUUUUUCACCUGAAGAAAUUGGAUUUGCACUCAGGGACACAAAGCCUGGUAAAGCACCAGGAUUUGAUAACAUAAAUCCAGAAUUCCUUAUCAACUGUGGAAAAUAUGCUAAAGUAUGGCUGGCAAGAUUUUUCACUGAUAUUAUGCAGACAGGUAACAUACCAAAGGAAUUGAAGCAAUCAAAAAUAAUAGCAAUUUUGAAGCCUGGAAAACCUGCAGACUUGCCAGCAAGCUAUAGGCCUAUAGCAUUACUAUCAGUACUCUUCAAAUUACUGGAAAGGCUAAUCUACAACAGAAUUUGUCAGAAGAUCUUUGAUGUAAUACCAAUUGAACAGGCUGGUUUUAGACCAAAGCGAAGCACCUGUGAUCAAGUUCUGUCACUUACCACAUUCAUUGAAAGAGGAUUCCAGGAGAGGCUUAAAACCUCCGCUGCUUUCAUCGACUUGUCUGCAGCCUAUGACACAGUUUGGAGGGAGGGUAUGAUAUAUAAGUUUCUUCAGGUAAUCCCAUGUAAACUGACAGCUCGUCUUCUAAACAACAUGCUGAGUGAUCGUACAUUCCAAGUCAUCAUGGGUGCCAACAAGAGUACACAAAGAAAACUGAAAAAUGGCCUGCCACAAGGCUCAGUCCUUGCACCUUUGCUCUUCAGUCUUUACAUUGCUGACUUGCCAGAGACUCAGUCUAAAAAGUUUGGCUAUGCUGAUGAUUGGGUACUAGCAACUGGGUCUAAAUCAUUUGAAGAAGCAGAGGAAGUCUUAACUCAAGAUCUGGAAAAACUUGGAAGAUAUUUUCGACAAUGGCGCUUGAAGCCAAACGCCAGCAAGACAGAGGUUUCAUGCUUCCACCUAAACAACAAACUUGCCAAGAAAGAACUCAAAAUUCAAUUUGAGAACACAUUGCUCCUCCAUAACAGCACUCCUAAAUACCUCGGCGUAACACUCGAUAGAACUCUCUCCUUCAAAGCCCACUUAACAAAAACAGCGGAAAAGUUGAGGACCAGGAAUAAUGUUGUUCAAAAGCUUUGUGGAACUAGCUGGGGGGCUUCAGCUUCAACCCUGCGCUCAACAGCUCUGAGUCUUGUAUUUUCUGCUGCUGAAUAUUGUGCACCUGUGUGGCUAAACAGUCCUCACACACACAGAAUAGAUGCCCAACUCAACAAUACAAUGAGAAUGAUUAGUGGAGUCAUCAAAUCACCUACUGAAUGGCUUCCAGUUCUAAGCCACAUACCACCACCAAACCUGCGUCGUAAAAAUGCUCUCAUCAGAGAAUUUGAAAAAAUUUCAAAUAACCCAGACCUGAGAAUACAUGAGGAUAUUGAAAAUGCAAAUAAAACCCGCUUGCGAUCAAGAAAGCCACCAACAAAAACUGCAAUCGAUACUGCUACAGAACAGAACUUCAAUUUGCUUAGUGCAUGGCAGCAGGAAUGGACUAUGAAGCAGCGAGAUCAAAUCCCAUGGUUCUCCCAAAAGCCACCAGGUUUUGGCUUACCAAGGAAAGCUUGGUCGACUCUAAACAGAAUUAGAACCAAGCACGGUCGAUGUGGUGACUUGUUGUAUAAAUGGGGCAAAAUACCAUCGCCCUCCUGUGAAUGUGGGGAAAAACAAACAAUUGACCAUAUAGUGAAAGAGUGUGCAAUCACAGCCUUCAGAGGAGGAACAGAAGAAGAUUUCUUGAUGGCAACUCCAGAGUCAAUAGCUUACUUAAACGGACUGGAUAUAUGA